CCUCCAUUUUGUAAGAUUGAUCAACCCACCGUCUUAGCAGCAGGAGUAACAUUAAGAUCGUGACAUUUCAGAGAAGCGUUUGAUAUAUGAGAUCACCAUUUCUUAUCGCCGCAUUAUUGCCACUGGUUCUUUAUGAGAUGAUAUCACUCAAAGUCUCGCCUACUAUCUAGAAAAAUUUCCCUGGCGUCAGUCUUGAGUAGGGUGUCGAUGGGGAUAAGAAGCAAAGGCUGUCGAACAUGCAGGAGACGAAAGGUAAAAUGUGACCAAACAAAGCCAAUAUGCAAGCGAUGCGAAGUUGGCAGCUUUGUUUGCCAGGGCUAUGAGCAGUACUCGGAGUUUGUGAAUGAAGCAAGCCGGUUUUGUGACACAUCAAUCUACUCUACGCCUACUAGUAGUAAGCGAAAUCAGUGCAAAGGAGGCGUUGCUUUGGUGCAUCCCACGCGCUCGAUAACACCGACACUCAUCGAUGCAGAUAGAGUCAUUAUCUAUUUUGCUCGCAAUAUAGGGUCUCCGAAUGAUAGUUUCAAACACCUUGGGUGGAUGGCAACCGCUUUGCAGCAUCCGAACACACCUGAACCUCUGUCAUCUUCGGUCUGUGCUCUAGCUUCGGUAUUCUUUAGUAACUCAGAAGAGACAGCACUUCUUUCGAGCUGGGGUGUUCGUAAUUAUCUGAGAGCACUUCAGCUUGUGCAAUCCAAAGUCCAGUGCAAGUCACACAUAAGAGAUGAAGAUCUUCCGUUAUCAAUACUUUGUUUAUGUAUAUACGAGAUUGUGGCCCCAACUCAUCCUGGGGCAUGGUUAAAUCACGCAGUCGGGCUAGCAAAAAUAAUGCAACUCAAUGGCGCAGAGCAAUACUCAUCAGGAUACAGGCGACAAACGCUACAUGCCUUGAGAUACAUUGUUACCCUUGGAUAUUUGCACCAAAAGCGCAGAUGUUUCCUCGAAAACUGGUCCUGGAUUACGAUACCUUGGGGCGGAGAACCUGCAAGGAAACCCUUCUUGGACUCUCUUCAUGACAUUUUCUGCACUCUACCGGGGAUUCUUAGCAACUUGGAGAGUCAUAAAAAGACCCAAGAAGUCAAUAUAGUCAAUACCUCAAGUGAGAAUUUAUGCCUGACUGUUGUAUCCAAGAUCGAAGCUUUAUAUUCUUGGCGGUACCAGUGGGAUGCGACGUAUGCAAAGACAAUCCGCGUGGUGCAACAAAGAGUAGCAGAUUGGUCAGUCGACAACCAAAUCAUACUUCCGCAAAAUUCCAUUCCAUCGAGCUUGCUGUUCUCAAAUCUCCAAAGAGCUGGUGAGCUGUGUCUAUAUAAUGCGGUUCUUCUCAUUCUUCUACGAAUUGGACACACUUUGGGUAUUGAAAUCAGUACGUUGAGAAGUUGUCAUGACCCUCUUCUCCCGAGGGAAGGGUCUCCCCAGCUGAUAGCCGAAGAGAUUAUUCGUAUGGCUCCUUACAUGCGUCAUAUUCAACACGGCAAUAAAGGUAUUUAUCUUCUUUCAUUUCCACUUCAGAUUGCUCGGGAUCGAUUACAGGGCGGCUCCGAAAUGAUAGAAUGGGUGGACAGCGUACUCCGAUCAAUACACGGCAAGUUUGGAAAAUACAUUGUCGAUGAACUCUAACCAGAGAAAUGCAUCUUUCGCCUCAUUACUUGAUUUCUUAAGUCCGGCCGUAUGAUGGCCUUUGAUGGGAAGAUCAUUUUCCCUCUUUGGAAUUGGGCAAACUCUAUCGCGGUAGAUACCGAAAACGGCAAAGUGCGCAACUGGAAUAGUGUCAGAAUAAAAACACAAAUGGAGAACAGCACUGUAAAGUUGGUCGAUAUCUCCAUUUUCAUAUGGCUUAUGUCCUCCUUAAUGCCGAUGUAUGCUUUCUGAUGCGCUUGUGGUGGUUGUAUAAAGAGGUCGACAAUGCAUGGUAACUGUGCUUCCUUCAUCCACAAAAAAAAAAAAAACACACGACGG